CCGCCCAGUGGGAGGAGUGUGCCCGGGAGCGGAGUGUACGGGGAAGUUGCGGCGGAGGUCUGGUGUCAGUAGUCUGUAGAAGAAGUAGAGGAGGUGUCCGCUGUGCGCUGUCAGUUUCCUGUACACCUCGGACUGUACACCUCAGCAGUGCACAUGGAAAGCCUCUUGUGAUUCUAUCCUCUGUAACUCGGCAACCCAAAGGAGAUUACAUGGCGCGGCUGUGACAGUUAUUCCAAGAUCCAUUCAAACACCCUACUGAACAACGUCCAAGAAUAAGUGUUUUUUGUUUGUUUUUUGGUGGAUUAUACUACAUCCAGUCCUGUUGGUUCUACAUUGAUGGUCAUAGAGUAACUAUUACUGUUUAAACCUGGUGCGGAUGAAAUGUAUGCAGGCUUCAUAGAAGAUGAGUAAGAAGUUAUGUUUAUCUGGUGUUCCCCAGUUCAGUGAAUGCUGAGACCACCUCUGAUCAUUAAUAAUGGGAGAAGAAAGGAACCUGGGAGUGUCCCAGAAGAUGCUCUCUCCAUCUCGGAGUACAAGCAGUUCCUCCUCGAAGUUUGGAAGUCGGCAGGAUAGCUGGGAGAUUGUAGAAGGCCUUCGGGGAAGCAAUAGCUGCACCCAGGAACCACAGAAACAAGAAGGUUUCCUGCUGAAGAGAAGGAAAUGGCCUCUCAAAGGCUGGCACAAAAGGUAUUUCUACUUGGACAAAGGAAUUUUGAAGUAUGCAAAAGGACCAAACGAGAUGGAGAAGGGAAAACUACAUGGCCGCAUUGAUGUUGGACUUUCUGUUAUGUCAGUUAAAAAAUCAACCAAGUGCAUUGAUUUGGAUACAGAGGAACAUAUAUACCACCUCAAGGUGAAAUCUCCAGAAGUGUUUGAGGAUUGGAUAACAAAGCUCCGUGACCAUCGGUUGUUCCGACAGAAUGAAAUAUCCGUUUUUCCACAUGAUCUGAAUGCUCAGUUUUUCCCUAUGCUGUCAACCACAGAGUCUGCAUCUAGCUUUGAUCCAAUCUCAUCUCCGCAGGAAGCUCGCUUCACCAGACAGAAUUCACUAAAGCUGGCAGGCAGCCGAGUUCCAGCCUGGCUCCAGUCUAAUGAUGAUAUGGAUAAGUGUGCUAAAGACCUUUCACAGUGUCAGAGUUAUUUGGUGGAAAUGAGUCAACUGCUGCAAAACAUGGAGGUUCUUCACAGGACGUACUCCGCCCCUGCAAUAAAUGCCAUCCAGGUUGGUGCUCUUGAAAGUCCAAAAAAAGAAAAAGUAAACAAGCGGAAGUGGCGGACAAAGGGAAUAAACAAAGAUUCCAAAGGUUCUCUGCAGGUACCGACAACCAUUUCGGCAAAUGUAAGAUUACAUGCUUCCAACCCUAAUUUAUCUACAAUAGAUUAUACAGAGGAAAAGCAAUACUCAAAUGGCUCUGACAAUUCCAAUUUCUCCAAGAUGCAGGAUGACUUGUGUCAUGUUGCACACAAAGCUUAUUUUACAUUAAAAUCUGCUUAUAGCACAGUCAUGGCUGAACGAGAAAAGCUAAAGCAGCUAUUAGAACAAGACUCUUCACCGACUGCUCAAAUACUGGGCCUGAAGAAUGCCUUAUCAGUGGCAGUAAAACAAAAUGCUGAUCUUACAGAACGCUUGUACAGAAUUCAUGCUGAUUCUUUGCCUCAUGGUACAACUGCUAGUGCAAACAUCAGUCCGGUGAAGGAGGACACGUGUGAAGGGAGCAAGCCUCUAGUUCAUCAGAUGUCCAAUGAGAGCCGCUUGUCCAUCACAGAUUCCCUUACAGAGUUCUAUGACGCUCAGGAAGUUCUGCUGUCAUCUAGCUCAUCUGAAAAUGAGGUAUCGGAUGAUGACUCGUAUGUCAGCGAUAUAAGUGAUAACAUAUCAGAGGAUAAUCUAAGCAAUGACAUUGAAAGACAAUCUCUAGAUGGGGCUUCUGUAGUGGAUGGAUUUUCAAAGCAUCGAACAUGUCUUCCUGCGUCGUGCCCAAACACAAGUAAUAUCAGUCUAUGGAACAUUCUUCGGAACAACAUUGGAAAGGACUUGUCUAAAGUUUCUAUGCCAGUACAACUGAAUGAGCCCCUUAACACUCUACAGCGGUUGUGUGAGGAGCUGGAAUAUAGUGAGUUGCUAGACAAAGCAUCUCAGGCUCAGGAUCCAUUUGAAAGAAUGGUUUAUAUUGCCACCUUUGCAGUAUCUGCAUAUGCACCUAGUUUCUACAGGGCUGGUAGCAAGCCAUUUAAUCCUGUACUUGGAGAGACUUAUGAAUGUAUAAGUGAAGAGAGAGGAUUCAGGUUCAUUGCUGAGCAGGUUAGCCACCACCCACCUAUAUCUGCUAGCCAUGCUGAGUCUGACAAUUAUAUAUUAUACCAAGAUUUCCGGUGGAAAAAUAAAUUUUGGGGGAAAUCCAUGGAAAUAGUCCCAGUUGGUACAACACACUUGAUUUUACCUGGGUUUGGGGAUCAUUACGAAUGGAAUAAGGUGACCUCCUGCAUUCAUAACAUCUUAAGUGGCCAGAGGUGGAUAGAACAUUAUGGAGAGAUAAUGAUCAAGAACACCAAAAACGGCAAUUGUCAUUGCAAAGUCACAUUUAUAAAGGCAAAAUACUGGAACCCAAAUGUGCAUGAAAUUGAAGGGACAGUGAUGGACAGGGAUGGUAAGGUGGUGCACCGACUUUUUGGAAAGUGGCAUGAGAGCAUAUUCUGUGGAUCCCCUGCCUCACCAAUGACCAUCUGGAGGAUUAAUCCAAUGCCCAAGGAUUCAGAACUGUACUAUGGCUUUACAAAGAAUGCGCUACAACUUAAUGAAUUUGAUCCGAAGACAAAGUCACUGCUACCUUGUACUGACACUAGAUUUAGACCAGACCAAAGACUUCUUGAAGAAGGAAACGUGGAAGCAGCAGAAGCACAAAAACAAAGGAUAGAACAACUGCAGAGAGAAAGGAGGAGAGUACUGGAGGAGAACAGUUUGGAGCAUCAGCCUCGUUUCUUCAGGAAAUCAAGUGGUGAUUUGUGGGUUACAAAUGGCACUUACUGGCAGCGAAGGAAAGAUCCUGGAUUCUCCAAAAUGGACUGUGCAGUCUUGUGGUAACAGGAAGAUGGAGCGGACAUUUGUACCAAGCACUAUUGACAAUAUUACUGACAUAACGGGUGUACUCCUAAUCCAAUGCUCCUAGAGGAAAUGCUGGAACAUUUAGAGCUAAAGUAUCAAAUUUUAUCUAGUACUGUCCAGGGAACACAAUAUCAAGAUAAUCUGUACUUGUUUGCACUGCUGAAUUUGUUUUCCCUGUAAUUUCAGUCCUGCAUCCCUCCUACAUGUUAGGCUUCUUUUUAAUGUUUUUUAACUGAUGUAUGAAAUAAUGUAUGUUUUCCCAAGAAAUAUGUUAUGUUUAUCUUACAAUGACAUUCGCUGCCAUUCCAGUGUAACAUUAGCUAAAAUAUAAUAUGAUUUUUAGUUUUGGAAAGACUGGAGGAGAGCUAGAACUUUGGUCUGGUUUUAUUGCUGUCUGGGUCUCUACAGAGAAGACUUUCCCUCACUUCCUGUCUCUUUCAUUAAAGAAAAAAAAAAAGACUACUUGAACUAGUGGUGAAACUGACAGCAAUAACAAAAUGCAUUAUAAAACUCUUUUACAGAAGUGCUUUUCUUUUUUGACCACAAUAUUUAGCCUCUGGCCUAUACUGCUGCUUUCAGGGUUACUGAUUCUAACAAACAAAAAAUUGUGGGCAAGCACAGGAUAUCUCCUUCCACUACCCGCAGGCCUCGUUUUUUGCUAGUGUCCUAGUGGGGUGGACUUAUUUUGUUAAGCUCUGUUUUGUUACAGGCUAACAAUUUUUUGUUGCUAGCACUUAUUUCUUAUCAAAUGAUUUUUUUUGUUUUUUAAUCAAUACUUCACAAUUCUGCUAGAGCAUGACUCUCCAAUUGCAGCUUUCUGACGCAGUCAUCCUCAACCUGGCUUUUAAAAUACUAUGUCCCGAUGGGACAUUGCAGGGAUUGUCUAGAAAUGCACUGUGUUUCGCAUGGGGCACUUUCCAGACUCUGUUCUGGUAAAAGUUAGCUGCAGAGUUCUUCCAGGUUCACAGCCGUUGGCAUUACCUCUGUGCUUGCCCUGUCUCUAAAGA